AUGCCAUGCUGUUCGGUGACCUUCGUCGACCUCGGCCUCUCUCGCGCCCUCCCCUCCUCCAGUCCCCGUCCUUCUCUCAAGCUCUCCCCAGCACAGCGGGCAUUCGUCGACGCCAACAAGCCCUCCGACGGCAGGAGAGCGACUGAGCUCCCGGCAGGAGCAGUGCGAGUGGAGUCGCGGGGUGAGGAGCUGAUUGCGGCAGUGCUGGAGGCGAAGAAGCGGGGAGUGCGACUACAGGAGAGCAGCAGGAAGCAGGGGAUGCUCAAGAGAAGGACGUGGUUGCUGGACGGCGGGGAUAGCUCACCGGGGGGAUCCUUCAAGGACGUUACAGCAGCAGCAGGAUCGUGGAGGGAUUGA